GUGGUCAGCAUUUGCUCACCAUUAAGUCACGUUAAGUAACAUUUUGUUGCAAUUCCAGUAUUUGAGCCAGUCGUCAAGUCACGUAAAUCGGAGUAUAUUGAAACCCUCUUGAGUGUACACGACGAUUUAUGAAAACAUAUCUUUAGGGAGAAUCGAUUGCUUUUAGGUCCAAAUCAAGAUGUUCCACACAUGUGGACCCAAUGAAGCCAUGGUGGUGUCUGGCUUUGGUCGUUCCCCUCCUCUAAUGAUUGCUGGAGGAAGAGUGUUUGUCCUCCCCUGUAUUCAACAGAUCCAGAGGAUCACUCUGAACACCCUGACUCUGAAUGUGAAGAGUGAUAAGGUUUACACCCGUCAUGGAGUGCCCAUCUCUGUCACGGGCAUCGCCCAGGUGAAGAUCCAGGGUCAGAACAAGGAGAUGCUGGCCACGGCCUGUCAGAUGUUCAUGGGGAAGUCUGAGGCUGAGGUCUCCAACAUCGCCCUGGAAACACUGGAGGGGCACCAGAGGGCCAUCAUCGCCCAUCUGACUGUUGAGGAGAUCUACCAGGACCGUAAGAAGUUUUCUGAGCAGGUGUUCAAGGUGGCCUCCUCUGACCUGGUCAACAUGGGCAUCGGCGUGGUCAGCUACACGCUCAAAGACGUUCACGACGACCAGGACUACCUCAACUCCCUGGGUAAAGCUAGGACAGCUCAGGUGCAGAAAGAUGCCAGGAUCGGAGAGGCUCAGUACAAACGAGACGCGGUGAUCCGUGAGGCCCAGGCCAUGCAGGAGAAGGUGUCGGCCCAGUAUCUGAAUGAGAUCGAGAUGGCCAAAGCUCAGAGAGACUACGAGCUGAAGAAGGCCUCCUACGACUACGAGGUCAACACCAAGAAGGCAGAGUCUGAGAUGGCCUAUCAGCUGCAGGUGGCGAAGACAAAGCAGCGGAUUGAGGAAGAGACGAUGCAGGUGAAGGUGGUGGAGAGGUCUCAGCAGAUCAUGCUGCAGGAGCAGGAGAUCACCCGCAAGGAGAUGGAGCUGGAGGCCACGGUGAAGAAGCCUGCUGAGGCAGAGAGAUACCGUCUGGAGAGACUGGCUGAGGCAGAACGUGCACAGCUCAUCAUGGAGGCUGAGGCAGAGGCAGAGUCCAUCAGAAUGAGGGGCGAUGCUGAGGCGUUUGCUCUGGAGGCUAAGGGUCGUGCCGAGGCAGAGCAGAUGGCUAAGAAGGCUGAGGCCUUUAAACAGUACGGGGAGGGAGCCAUGGUGGACAUGCUGCUGGAGAAACUACCACUGAUAGCAGAGGAGAUCAGCAGGCCCCUCUCCAUGGCCCAGAAGGUUACCAUGGUUUCCAGCGGCGGCGGUGAGGUGGGCGCUGCCAAGCUGACCGGAGAAGUUCUGGACAUCAUGACCAGACUACCAGCUGCUGUGGAGAAACUCACUGGAAUCAACAUCUCACAGGUUGGCCUGUCCACCCGAAUGGGCUGAGAAUGGAGCCCAGUGACUGAGACAGCCUGCACCGUCAGACCAGGAACUCCAUACUGCCUCCUUGUGCCUAUAAUUACUAUUACCUAGUGUAGUUGUCUGUCUAUGUCUGCAUGCCUGUCUGCAUGCCUGUGUUAGCACGGUAGUCUUUCUUAGAGCAUGUGUCAGCACUCUCAUUGGCACUGAUCUGGAAACAAAGGACGGGUCAAAGCUGUAUGUUGUAGGCCUACUGUGGGAGUUUGUGUCUCCUGGUCAUUCAUAUCUCUGUUAGAUCAGCUUGGAUGAAGGAAAGGAAAGCACUUUGGGCUAUAGCAUGACACAGCCUUAGUAGUUCUGGUAGCAACGAGCCUCUUUUCCCCGUCCAUUAUUCAGUGUGUUUUAAUCACUGCUUCAAGCCUGCCUUUCUGUCUCCCUCUAUUACAGGUUUGGGUCCAUAUAAACUGUUCCACUGUCACAUAGUUGUGUUUUAGUUGUAAUUCAUAGAGUAUUUUUUUCAUUGGGAUGUGGUUGAGAAAGGAUGUUUUCAUUCUCUUCAUUCUUUGUUGUUCAUAGGAAAUAAUCGUGUCAGUAUGAGGUUUGUCAGUUGAUUGUUUUGUCGACAUUUGCAGUUCUAUAAGGUAGUCGGUCUUGUUCUGAGCAUGGUUGGCUAGCUAGUUGCUUUGCAAAUGAAGAAGAAAUGCUCUUUACUUUCACUGUGGACAUUUCCUCUUUUUUUGAGCUAAUUGUAGUCAUGUUAUUAAACAUGUUCUACCUGCU